GCCCGUGGCGGGUAACCCAUCUUUCUUCCCUCCCCCGUUCGUUCGCCAUCCUACUUGUUCCCAUUACAGUGCUUUAGACUGCUGAAAUAAACGAAGUUUCGCGAACUGGCUGCGGAAUUAUCUGUCGGCUCCUUGGAGCGGAUGCUCGCCGUCCACCUUUUCUAAGUACAUAACGGCCACACAUUGCAUGCCCUGUCGAGGGCUAGAAAUAGCCUAAAUGGCUUCCAAUCAUCUGGCGCCGCCGGAGAAUGACUUUACUGGGGGCGAUAUUCAGGAAGUGAGUAGCAACAUUUCCAAACCGACUCAACGACAACGAUGGGCGACGCAGCGAGUUCAAGGCGCCGGAGGUGUGCGGAAACGCGUCUCUAUCAUGAAUCGCUUUAACAAGCGCUCGGAGAUGAAGGACGAGAAGCGCAAGUCCACAUCUAGCAAUCUUCCUACCGCAGAGAACCCGAAUGCUGAAGGUGAUGCGGAAGCCGGCAACCGAAGAGUAUACUUUAACAUCCCUAUCCCUGAAUCAGAAAGAGAUGAGGAUGGUCACCCCAAGGCAUAUUACCCCAGGAACAAAAUUCGGACUGCGAAAUAUACACCAUUGACUUUCGUCCCAAAGAAUAUUUGGCUCCAAUUCCAUAACAUUGCUAAUAUCUAUUUCUUGUUCAUCAUUAUCCUUGGUUUCUUCUCAAUUUUCGGUGUCGAUACUCCUGCCCUCAACACGGUUCCCUUGAUCGUUAUCGUGGUAGUUACAGCCAUCAAAGAUGCUAUUGAGGAUUGGCGACGUACGGUAGUCGAUAACGAAGUCAACAAUUCCCCGGUCUACCGCUUGAUCGACUGGAAUAAUGUGAAUUCUGUCGAAGACAACGUCUCUUUGUGGCGUCGGAUCAAGAAAGCUUGCACCCGGGCCACUAUCUGGACAUAUAAAUCGAUCAAGGGCUUGGCUCAGAAGAACAAAAAGCAACAUGAUCCCGAGGAAGAAGCUGAUAGGCGUGCGUCUUUUAUGACCACAGUAACUCCGCGGACAUCCGUGUAUUCUCAACGAGGCGACGGCGGCUUGGCAGACGAAGCCAUCCAAAUGACACCCGUUCCAUCGCCAACUCCCGAGGCGCGUCCGGAUUGGACGCACGCAGUGGACGAACAGAGUCAAUAUCUGCAUCCGGACAAAGCCCGAGACAGUGUUGCGGUGUCCGCUACCCCCCCGAAAAAAGGUGGGAGUGUUGUGGACACCUCCAAGCAGAUAGUUGGAAAGGCCAGGUUUAAGCGCGAUUAUUGGAAGAAUGUCCAAGUGGGAGAUUAUGUUCGACUAUAUAACGGAGAUCCCGUUCCAGCCGAUGUCGUGGUACUGUCAACGUCCGAUCCCGAUGGUGCAUGUUACGUGGAGACGAAGAGCUUGGAUGGCGAAACCAAUCUCAAAGUUCGCCAAGCCCUCAACUGUGGUCGGCAGGUUAGACAUGCUAGAGAUUGCGAGAGGGCGGAGUUUGUGAUCGAUAGCGAGGCACCGCAUCCCAAUUUGUAUGCCUAUAACGGUGCCCUACGCUGGGACCAGCGUGAUCCCGACUUCCCCGAGGCACCUCGAAAGGAAAUGAUCGAGCCCAUCACCAUCAACAACAUACUCCUCCGUGGUUGCUCCUUGCGUAACACCGAAUGGGCUCUAGGCGUUGUCCUUUUCACUGGUGACGAGACAAAAAUCAUGCUGAACUCGGGUGUGACACCCAGUAAAAGGGCCCGCCUUGCUAAGGACCUCAACUGGAACGUUAUAUACAACUUCGCUAUCUUGUUCUUCAUGUGUCUCAUUUCUGGUAUCGUCAACGGCGUCGCGUGGUCCUCGACCGACAGGUCUCUCAAUUUUUUCGACUUGAAAGCCUAUGGGAGCACUCCAGCGGUCACGGGUAUCAUCACCUUUUGGGUCGCCCUCAUCUUGUUCCAAAACUUGGUUCCGAUUUCACUCUAUAUUUCUCUCGAAAUCGUUCGCACCAUCCAGGCUGUUUUCAUUCACAGUGACGUCUUCAUGUACUACGAGAAGCUGCAGAUUUACUGUGUGCCGAAGUCUUGGAACAUCUCUGACGAUGUUGGACAAAUUGAGUACAUUUUCUCAGACAAGACGGGCACGCUGACUCAGAAUGUCAUGGAUUUCAAAAAAUGCACUGUAAAUGGGGUUUCAUACGGCGAGGCGUUCACCGAAGCCCAGGUUGGCAUGGUGCGGCGUGAGGGAGGAGAUGCUGAUGCUGUUGCUGCGAGGGAACGGGAAAGAAUUGCUCUAGACACGACCAGGAUGCUUGAAUUGUUACGCAAAAUACAUGAUAACCCCUAUUUGCGUGAUGAGAGUUUGACUUUCGUAUCCUCGAAUUAUGUCGCAGACUUGGGAGGACAGUCAGGCGAUGCCCAGAGGAACGCCACGGAACAUUUUAUGCUCGCCCUUGCGGUGUGUCAUACCGUCAUCACCGAGCAUACACCUGGAGAUCCUCCACAGAUCGAGUUCAAAGCACAGUCGCCCGACGAGGCGGCUUUAGUGGGCACAGCUCGAGACUGUGGCUUCACCCUUCUUGGGAGAUCAGGUGACGACCUCGUGUUGAACGUCAUGGGGGAAGAGCGGACAUACACCGUUCUCAACACUCUAGAAUUUAACUCGUCAAGAAAGCGAAUGAGCGCGAUCAUUCGCAUGCCUGACGGUCACAUACGACUCUUCUGCAAGGGUGCAGAUAGCAUCAUAUAUUCACGUUUGGCUCCAGGUAAACAACAGGAACUCCGAAAGAAGACAGCUGAACAUCUUGAAAUGUUCGCUCGUGAAGGUUUGCGGACUCUGUGUGUUGCAGAUCGCGUGCUCAGUGAGGAAGAAUACAGGGCAUGGAGCAAAGAGCACGACAUUGCCGCUGCUGCGCUCACUGACCGUGAAGAAAAGCUCGAGGAAGUCUCUAGUAACAUCGAACAAGAACUCAUGCUUAUCGGAGGAACUGCUAUUGAGGAUAGACUCCAGGAUGGUGUUCCAGAUACCAUUUCCCUGUUGGCGGAUGCUGGUAUCAAGCUGUGGGUUUUGACAGGCGAUAAGGUGGAGACUGCUAUCAACAUUGGGUUCUCGUGCAACCUCUUGGAUAACGAUAUGGAAUUGAUCGUCUUCAACAUCCCAGCCGACGAGCCACACCGUGCCGUGCAAGAACUUGACCAGCAGUUGCAAAGGUUUGGACUGACUGGAUCUGAUGAAGAGCUUCUCGCUGCCCGCCUUGAUCACACACCACCAGCGCCAACGCACGCCGUAGUUAUUGAUGGCGAGACUCUCAAGCUGAUGCUUGAUGAUGAACUGAAGCAGAAGUUCUUGCUAUUGUGUAAACAAUGCAAAUCUGUCCUAUGUUGUCGAGUCAGUCCUGCACAGAAAGCUGCAGUUGUACGCAUGGUUAAGAACGGCCUUGAUAUCAUGGCUCUUUCGAUUGGCGAUGGUGCCAACGAUGUUGCCAUGAUCCAGGAGGCCGAUGUCGGUGUUGGUAUUAUCGGUGAGGAAGGCCGCCAGGCAGCCAUGUCCUCUGACUAUGCUAUUGGUCAAUUCCGGUUUCUUCAGCGGCUUAUCCUUGUCCAUGGAAGAUGGUCUUACCGCCGCAUGGCGGAGACCAUUGCAAACUUCUUCUAUAAGAACUUGGUAUGGACGAUCGCGCUUUUCUGGUAUUCGAUUUACAACGACUUUGAUGGUUCCUACCUCUUUGACUAUACAUAUAUUGUCCUGGUCAACGUGGCGUUCACAUCACUUCCCGUGAUCCUCAUGGGUAUCUUUGACCAGGACGUCGACGACAAGAUAUCUUUGGCUGUUCCCCAGCUGUACAUGAGAGGCAUAGAGCGAAAAGAAUGGUCUCAACUCAAAUUCUGGUUGUACAUGGCUGACGGCCUUUACCAAUCCCUCAUUUGUUUCUUCAUGCCAUAUCUUUUGUAUAGCCCGGCGACCUUCCAAACCUCCAAUGGGCUGGAUAUUGGCGACCGGACUCGUAUGGGUGUCCUUGUUGCGACGAGCGCGGUCAUCGCCAGCAAUACCUACAUCAUGCUGAAUUCGUAUCGGUGGGACUGGCUGACAGCAUUAAUCAAUGUCAUCAGUUCACUCCUGAUCUUCCUUUGGACUGGUAUCUACUCGUCGUUUGACGCUUCGGCUCAGUUCUACAAGUCCGGAGCUCAGGUCUACGGAACUUUGUCUUUCUGGGUUGUACUACUGCUUACCGUCACGAUAUGCCUCCUUCCUCGUUUUACUUUCAAGGCCUUCCAGAAGGUGUUCUUCCCCUUAGAUGUGGACAUCAUUCGGGAGCAGGUCACCCAGGGCAAAUUCAAGUUUUUGGAUCAGUAUGAGGCGUUUGUACCGCCCAAGGCAGCAAGCGCUGCGGCUUCAGGUCAGUUGUUGAGUGAUGAAUCGGCUGCUUCUUCGGACUUGGGAAAACCAAUACAACCCAGUAUGAAACAGGAUCCUUUUUCCGACGAUCAGCAGAUAUACACGCCUUCCGUUGCUCCAACCUCUCGUACCCAUCAGACGCACAACCACCGCAGUCAAAAUGGCAGUAAUGGGACAAAUUAUGCAUCCAGCCUCGAUACGAGCCAACAUUAUCAUACUCAGCCAGUGGACUAUGUCCGCGGCUCGGCUGAACGGACGCGGCAUUCCUUUGAUAGAGUUCGACAUGAUUUCGAAGCGAACAACGAGCUAACGCGAGUGGAGACGGGACUGACAAGUGGUGCUCAAGAGCCUCAAAGUCCUCAUAGUCCACUGAAAGCCCCUUACGAUCCUCCAUCGCAUUCCUCAUAAACUAUUUAUCCAUUUUAUACUAUACUAUAUACACUCGAUGUUUCUCAUGACCCUUUGUCGGUUUCUUGUCGAUGCAUCUGUUUCGUUUUGUUUGUGUGAUUUUGUAUGACGAGUAAUCUCCUUGUUUUCUUGGAG